AUGUCCUGCCUCAGGCGUCAGCCCGUCACCAUCCCGAUGGACACGGUCAAGAUCAUCCAGUCCGAAAAGUUCCCCCGAGAGUGCACGGUGCCCGUCACCCAGCCUCGCUUCGCCCCGCCCCCUCGGGUAGCGUGGGACGGCGGCGGCGAAGGGGAGAUCAUCGUCAACCAAGCCUGCAGCGACCUUACGCUGGACGUGACGGUGGCGACCCCCAGGCCCGUGCCGUCCCCGCAGGCCCCCGUCGUCCGCAGGGAGCAGAGCUUCUUAGCGCAGCGCAAAACCAGUGCCAACGAAAUCUGCUACCACCAGUUCCACUACAAGAUGGAGGACGUCAUCGUCAACCAGUACGUUCUGCGUUCCUCCUCCACGUCCUCGUCUUCUUCCUCGACCUCUUCGGGGCCCCCGAUGCCCUGCGAGCCCCUGGACUGCCCCACCUGCGGCCACACCUACAACUUCGCCGGCAAGCGCCCUCGCAUCUUGUCCUGCCUGCACUCGGUGUGCGAGGAGUGCCUGCAGAUCCUCUACGAGUCGUGCCCCAAGUACAAGUUCAUCUCCUGCCCCACCUGCCGCCGCGAAACCGUGCUGUUUACCGACUACGGCCUGGCGGCCCUCGCCAUCAAUACCAGCAUCUUGAGCCGGCUGCCCUCCGACCCCAACGGGCCAGUGCAGUGGGGCGGGGACGCGGACCGCAGCUGCUACCAGACUGUGCGCCAAUACUGCCAGUCGGCCUGCACCUGCCACAUCGCCAACCCGCUGUCCUCUUGUGGCAUCAUGUAG